AUGACUGUCACAUUAGAAGGUGAGGGAAUAUGCGGGAUGCUCAUUGUUGCGAGAAUCUUCGCUGUGCGCAGAUAUAAGAUGAUACGAGAGCAGUUCGGCCCGCAGCGGUCGGUCCAUGACCAAGCCAAAGAUAUGCGGGUUAAUGCCAGUACUCUUGCGGUCGAGUGGAAUAAUACGGAGACGACUUUGGACAAGCUAAUGCGGUAUACAUAUGGGAGAGGCGGCUCUAAGGCUGACCCAUCUACUACUGAUGGAUUGACGCAUAAGAUUGGCCUUACCUCGGCUGCCUUGUAUGAGCUGCAUGCUGCAACGGUGACUGCAGCCGAUGAGAUCUGGGCCGAGUUCGACAAGAUCCAUUUCGGAUAUGCAGCGGAUAUAGAUGACUUGAAGAGUGGUGCGGUGAAUGCCUUCAACUCGUUGAUGUCGGGAGUACAGAACAUGGUGGCCACCCAGGCUAAUGAUCAAAUGGCGAAUCAGCUACGGCUCAACGGAGAUGCUAAUGAGAAGCUUGGGAAGUUGGCUAAGGGCAUAAACAACAUACAAGUGAAGGUGGAACGAGCUGCUAGAAGUGUGGUACAUCAAAAGGAAACUCUGGAGGAGACAGCCGAGAAAACUUUAGAGGAUGCGGAAAACACUCUGACGAACAUAGCAGAUCAGCUUGCUGAGGUGCCGGUGAAGGACGCGGAUGAGCGGGAUAAGGCGGCCGAGGAGAUACGCAGUGAACUGCGUAAGACGGAGGACGAGGGCGAGGCAGAAUUAAAGAAGAAUGUGGCUGGAUAUGAGGAGAAGGCUAACAAGGAAGCGGCACAGCUCGAGGAGGCCACUAAGAAGCAAAUCGAGAAUCAUGCGGCGGACUGGAAGGCGGAAGAGGACACUCGUCGGGAGAAGAUGAAUGCGAAUAUUGGCAAAGAAAGGGAUGAAUUGGAGCUAGCUCGGGGAACCGUCACGAACGCCUUAGCUGCAGCCAAGGAGAGGGCAGCCCAGCAGGAGAUCGAGUUCCAGAAGAGACGUGCUGGGAAAUGGGGAGAGUUCCAGAAGCUGUCCGAGGACAUCGGUCUGACCAGAGACGAGAUAGGAGCAUUGGUGAAGAACUUUGGUGCCGAGGUGGAGUCGGGGGCUCAUGCUCUCGAGGAGCAGGCCAAUAAGGGCCAGGCUGGCAUCAAGAAUGCGAUAUCGGGCAAGAUGAGUGAGGACUGGAUGUAG